CUCCUACAUUUUAGGAAUAGAAAUACUAAAAUUUCAAAAUAUUAGGUGAAUAUAUAAUUUUGUGGAGCACCAUAUAAGUUUCAUCACAAAUGUCACUCCACAUUGGAAGGUGUUAAAGGUCUCAUAGUUCCUAAUAACCGUAAAGACGUCAGCUGGAUUAUUCAGAAACGGUCAAUAUUGAACAGGAUACAAUGAACGUAAGUCAUUGAAAUGACAAAGAUAAAGCUGGUGUCUCUUUUUACUCGUGUCGAUCGCGCUAGGCAUCCUGACAGACCUCGAAUUACUUCGAUUUCUAUACACUCUAUCACAUCCUGUACACGUCAAACACCUGCGAUUGUGCAACGAAAGCACGUUUACACCUAGAUUUACUUUGUCUGUCGUGUUAUCAUUCGAACGGACACAUUACCCUUUUGUAAACGACCAAGCCCGGAAACCUUAUAAAGUAACUUAACUCGAUUUUUAUUGCCAGUCGCCCGUUAAGAUUCUUCCCGAAACAUUCGUCAUGUAUUCGCAAGCAUUAUUUUUCUAUUCGGUGAUCUAUUAUAGUAUCGUUCGCGUUCAGUGUACCGCGAUCUUUCUUACCACCCCACCUGUAAAUCCUAUCGAUAGAGAUUCCAGGGACAGGUGGAAAUUUUUGGAAGAAAAUGUGCCGGUGGAAGAAGGCUCACCACCGUUUGAUUGGAAGUUUCAAAGAGAAUUACCUUACGAGGGUGUUUCGAUAGGAGGUUGGGUCAAUAAUGAAUUCUUUCAGAAGUUCAGAGAAGAUAAGGGUGAAGGAACUGUGCUGUUCUCGGUGGACGAAUGCUCUAGGUACUGUAUCAAAAAUGGGUCCGGCAAGGAUGACGAGGAUUUUCAAUAUAUAAAUCUGUUUUGGACUGUUAAUAUUACAGAUAUAACGGGCGAUCUUUUAUCAAAUGAUCUGUCAAGAUUAAUGCCAGAAACAAAUGUGCAAGGUUCGAACAACAGCCUCGGAAAAUGUCAGAUUUACCUUGACCUGGAUUGCAACACAACUGAAACAGGAACUGCAACGAAUGAUAUGAAAAAUAUAUCUAAAAACGUUAACAAACCCGAUUUUCAACCCUCUGUAAAAUUAGUGGAAAGAUAUAAUUUAAAUAACCAUACUGAAAUAAAGUUUAUGGUGGAUACUGUGAUAAACAGAAUUAUCAUAAAUGUGGAUGGGAAUGUUUCAAAUGCUAUGAUUCGAGUACCAAUUGCUUCGAGGAACGGUCGUGAAACAAUGAUCACUUGGACACGCAAGGGCUACGCGAAUGGGGUCAGAAUCGACACACGAAACCCGCCACCUGGCGAGUGGUGGAUGAAACUCGUAGGGGAUGAUAACGCGAAAUACCACUUCCAGGUUGAGGGCGUCAUCGAAGAGAACCCUCCGGGCAAACUGUUUUCUCCGGCACCGAGAAUAAGUGGAAAUAAUGGCGUAAUAACGAUUACACCACAUCGUUUAAAUAUUAAACGUGAUCCGAUUCUAAAUAUAGAAGAAAAAUCCGACGAUUUCCUGAAGACAACCGAUUCGGAAGUAAUUAAGGCUGAACAACGUAAUUUGGACGCAAGAAACAAUUCUAAAUUAGUGGAUGAUAGAGAGAUAACUCGAGAAAGAUCGUUGAAACGACGAACAUUCCUCCAAGAACAAAAUGAACAAGCAACAAAGGAAGAAACAAAUAAUAGUGAAUCAUCGGUGUUUAUUUCUAAUACUGAUAAUGAAUUUAUUAAUUAUGCCGAGUAUGUUACUUUUAUGGACGAUGAUGGAAACGCAACUAUUCCGAAGAAAUUCGAUAAUGGUGACAAAUUAUUUGAAAAAAUGUUUUCAACCGAGGAACAGGAAAAAAUUCGUGCAAGAUCCUCAAUCGAUGCGGUUGAUAAUCUCGACAUUGAUAACAGUGAACCACUAAAGGCAAACAAUAUUGAUAUAUCUGUGAGAAAAAUAGAAACCCUGGACAAUGAUGAAUUAUCUGAAGAGCUGGUAAAUUAUGCCAAUCAAAAUACUAUUGAAGAGAAAAAGAUGCUCAUAGAAGUAAACAGAAACAGCAAUUUACUUGUCACACCAGGAACAAUACACAGAAUAGUUUUUGAUGUAAUGAACAACUGUGUUUUACCAGUUAGAUAUGCAUUUCAAGUAAAGAGUACACCUUUUAAACUAUACAAUGUUCAACCCCUCUAUGCAUGGAUUUAUCCUGGACAAAUGAGUAAGGUAGCAGUGGAUUUAAUUGUACCUAAUAAUGCUGCACCAGAUACAGCUAACACAGUUACUUUCUUUAUUGUGGGCACAGAAAUAAAGGAGAAAUCAGUAUAUCUAUAUGUACAAGGUUCAGUUUCGAAGUUGACUGAUGAUGUUAAACCAAAGAUCGAAUAUUCAUUCAAUAACAAUUGUGCUGGAAAACUAGCAAAAGAUCAUUGCUAUAAAUCUCACUGGAGUAUAGAUGUUACAAUUGAAGACUAUGAUUCAGGUCUAAAGCGAGUAAUUUCAUCUCCAAGGAAUAUUUAUCCACGUACAGAAUUUAUUAGUGGUACAAGGAGUCCUGUAACAUUUUAUUAUUCUGCUACCUGUUGUGACACAAGUGCUAAAAUUACAGCUAUAGAUCUACUAGAUAACUAUAACACCUAUACAGUAGAUGUUACAGCAUGGAAUAACUUAUCAGAAGCACAGAUAGCAGCUAUUACAGUGGGAGCACUGUUAGCUUUAUUACUUAUUAUUUUGAUCAUUAUUAUAAUAAUAUACUGCUUUCGAAGAAAGAAGAGCCUUGAUCUGCCUUAUACACAAAGAUAUGGAUCUAGACCUCCAGCAAGUGCUGAAAGAACUAACUUUUAAUUCCUCAUUUCUACUAACAAAAUUUAAAUUAUACAUGUAAUAUUCUUUAUAAUUUAGAUUAACAUUAUAAUUAAAUUUUAUUUGUACCA